UAAGGUUCCCCGGACCGCUGGUGGCGGGCUGGAGUUUGCUUACCAGGGCGAGCGCGUGUGAACCUGCGCGCCCUCCCCCGCGGGCAGGUGUGGCCUUCCGGUUUACGGGUGGGUGCUGGGGGCCGGCGGCGUGGGGACUGCCUCUGAGGUCCCUCCCCACGCGACCUCCGGGACCUCAUCCUGAGCCUCCUGGAAGAGAAGGGUCUAAAGUAGGGGAAGUUGCUAGUCCUUGUUGAGGACCAGCCUCUUUCACCUGUCACGCUCGUUUACUCUGCAGUUCAACCGUGAGAGAGAGAUUGGUUUCCUGUGUACAGAGGAGGAAACUGAGGCCCAGACAGGUGAAGUCAUUUGCCACAGAUCAUGCCGUUGGAAAGUGACAGAUCUGGAUUCAAAGCGAGUCUUGGCUAACCCCAGAGCCCCUGCUCUUUGUCCUGCUGCGGCGUUCUCAAGCUUUCUCUGGAUAACCAUUGUGUGGUUCAUGUGAGGAAUGAAAUCUUCUGAAAGCUGAGAGCAGAAGCCCUCCCAGUCAACAUGGAGGACAAAAGACGGCGAGCCCGGGUGCAGGGGGCCUGGGCCGGCUCUGCUAAGAGCCAGGCCAUUGCUAAGCCAGCGGCCACUGCCGAGAGCCGUCUCCACCAGAGGCCUGGUCAGACCCGGAUGAACAGGGAGCAUCACCUCUCAGACAGACAGUUUGUGUUCAGAGAACCCCAGCAGGUCGUGCGCAGAGCCCCGGAGCCACGAGUGAUCGACAAAGAGGGUGUAUAUGAGAUCAGCCUGUCACCCACAGGCGUAUCUAGGGUACGUUUGUAUCCUGGCUUUGUCGACUUAAAAGAAGCCGACUGGAUAUUGGAACAGCUUUGUCGGGAUGUUCCCUGGAGACAGAGGACCGGCAUCCGAGAGGAUGUAACUUACCAGCAGCCCAGACUUACGGCAUGGUAUGGCGAGCUUCCCUACACUUACUCCAGAGUCACUAUGGAGCCCAACCCGCACUGGCACCCUGUGCUGCGCACACUGAAGAGCCGAAUCGAAGAGAACACCGGCCACACCUUCAACUCCCUGCUCUGCAAUCUCUACCGGAACGAGAAGGACAGUGUGGACUGGCACAGUGACGACGAGCCCUCGCUGGGGCGGUGCCCCGUCAUUGCCUCACUCAGUUUUGGUGCCACGCGCACUUUUGAGAUGAGAAAGAAGCCCCCACCAGAAGACAGUGGGGACUACACGUAUGUGGAGCGAGUGAAGAUACCCUUGGAUCACGGGACCCUGUUAAUCAUGGAAGGAGCCACGCAAGCUGACUGGCAGCACCGGGUGCCCAAAGAGUACCACUCCAGAGAGCCGAGAGUAAACCUGACCUUCCGGACGGUCUACGCAGACCCCGGAGGGGCGCACUGGUGACGGGAGCCUUUGAGAGAGAAGCCGCGCUGAGACCCAGCGAGCCGCGCACCAGGAGGACACUGCGCAGGGCUGGUCCAGCUGAGCCCCGGCCUGCUGUUUGGAAGACGAGGGUGGAACGUUCUCCCCAGAUCAGAGCCCUAUUCAGUGCCAGCCAGCAGUUCAUGCUCCUAAUACGUUUACUGCGGAAACAGUAAUCCCUAAUCACAUAUUUUGUUGAGGCAAAUUGCUGUGGCUGUGCUCACAGAUGACUCUGUCCAUAAGCAGUUUCCCUCCUGCUGUCCCCUGCUUUGUUUGAAGACAAAUGAAUUGCCCUUGCCCCUGGUAUAAAUCCGCACGUGUCUGUGCCCCGUGACUCCGGCCGAGUGGAGAUGUAAAUAUGCGUCAGGGGCCCUGGAGCCUUCCGUAGGCAGACAGCUGCUGAAACCCAAACAGAGGUGGUUUCACAGGGCUGUGCGGAGGGUGGCCUGGACUCCGUGACGCUUCAGCUCCGUGCUGUUGUAGCGGAAAGCUGCGUGUUCCGGAAGCACCGUGUUGAACUCUCCCCUUGCCGGUCAGCCUUCCCAGCACGCUCAGUCCGGGUGCGGGCCUGGGGAUGAAGACGAAGGCCGUGUUCUCUGGGCCGGGCAUCUCCCAGCCGCCACCUGGACCCACUUGUAAUACAGGAGAGAACUGUCCCCUCAAAGGGAGGAAUACUUGACUGAUGUCCUAAGAAACUUAGGCUCAGAGCAGCAAAUGCCCUGCUAGUGACAGCUGUCCCACAUAGAUUCACUUCCCCUGGGGAAUUACUAGAGUCUCUCCGCCGAAGCCAGACCGAAGCCAGAGCAGUUCUUCAGGGGACAGACCCAGUUACCUAACGGUCCUCCUCGCGUCAGAUGGCAGCAGCCCUGUGACUAAGGCCUGCUUCUGACUCAGCGUUCUCCCAGACACAAGCUCCCGAGAUUCAGGGUUGCGUCCGUGACGUCACUGAGGUUCCCAAAACAGAACAGAGUGGCUGCCCCUCGUUGCAUCAGCAGAGCACGUGUUGCCUUGACCUCUUGACUCCAGGGCGUUGCGACAGAUGGGUUCCGGCCCCAGAUAAGGAAAACCUGUGAGAAAGAAAAUGGAUGAAACUAGGGCAAGAAGUUAAGUUUCCCUUGCUGCCCGUGGGGGAGCUUACAGAGCCUUCUUGCUUUUGAUCUCGUGUCCAUCCUGUGCUGCAAGAUUGACGACCCUGUGAUCAUGGCCGCGUGCCAAAGGCUAGGCAGGCUCUUCCCCAGGACUCGGAUGUAGCGCCAUGCCUGGCCUGGCUCUGUUCUCUGACAGGCUCUCCCAUGAGGCCGCUGGCUGCUCACACUGGAGUCCCUCCACCUUUUCUUCUUCCUUUUUGAAGUGUUGUUGUUGCAUGUGUACAGCCCCUUUCUCUAAGAAAUCCUAAAUGGUUUAUAGGACUUGAGCAUCAUACCAAGACUUCCUCUGAGGGAGGUACAAAUCACCAGAAAAAUAAAACCUCCUUUUACUGCC